UCAUGUUACCGAACACAUUUUGGUGGUGGAGCAUGAACACCGGAAGUAAGUAGGAGUGAACCCUCCGCGGUGGAUGUAGAGUAAUAGGUCGGUGGUCUUGUUUUAUAAUCUCCGAUUCUUGCUCUAUAGUUAAGCCCCAAACGGAGACGGCGUGGUUUCCCUUUUAUUCUGAGUUCUAACUAUUAUGGCUGAUAGCACCAACCCGACGGUGUACGAGAUUUUUCAAAGCAUGGAGCAAGGACCAGCUACAGCUACUAGCAUUCCCACUGCUCAGGCCUGGUUGGACCGUCACUCCCGUUCUCUGGGUUUCUUCAUGGAUGGGAAGUUCAUCCUGCCAGCAGACAGACGGAGCCUCUCCCUGACUGAUUCCAAAGGCGGUGUUGUGUGCAGCACGGUGUGCGCUGAGGACGCUGAUGUUUCCCAGUGUGCUUCUUCUGCUGCCGCCGGCUGGAAGUCCUGGAGCAGCCUGAGCUGCUCCCAGAGAGCCAAGGCCCUGCUGAGGUUGGUGGGCGUCCUCGGGCUACACGGUCAGUGUGUGUCGGAGCUGUGUGCGCUGUGUGAGGCGUCCUGCUCACCCGCCGCCCUGGUCAGGCUGCUGCAGUACUACAGCAGCUGGGCUCAGCUCAGAGACACGCUCAUACCCGGCUGGACGCCUGUCGGCGUGGUUGUAGUCGUCUCUUCUCAUGACUGCUCUCUCUAUUCCCUCAUGCUCAAAGUCCUGCCAGCGCUGGCCAUGGGAAACUCUGUGAUUGUCGUUCCCGGUCGGAGCGCCGCCCCUCCAACGCUCCUCUUAGCGCAGCUCUUUACCGGAGCAGGGCUUCCUGCUGGGGUACUUAACAUCCUGACAGGAAGUGAUGUCACGUUGGGCGCCAAAGUGUCCCGGAAUCCCGACGUGAGAUUGAUCGCUUACUGUGGCAACAAGCAGGACGGGCUGGCUCUGUGUAAGGCCUCAGCAGGGAUGGGCGUCCCCGUGUCCGUCUCCUCAUGCGUUGGUGCCACCUGCCCCUUUAUCAUCUUUGAGUCAGCUGACAUCGACAGCGCCGUGGAUGAAGUCAUACAGAUUGCUUUCAAGAAGAAGGAGGUCCACUGGGUGCUGUGUGUUCAGGAGAGUGUGUCGGACAGCGUUGUGGCCCGGCUAAAGCUGCGCAUGGCGAACAUAAAGAGUGUACCUCUGAGCAGCGACGCAGACAGGGUCCUGGUGGAUGCUGCAGUACAGGAGGCUCUGCAGCAGGGGGCGACGCUGGUCCAGCCUUGCGGUGUCAGUCCCGGAGCCCGGUACCCCCCCACGGUGCUCUGUGGGGCGGCCCCCUCCUCUCCAUAUGUGGUCACUCCACCUCCUGGGCCUCUGCUGCCUCUGCUGAUGUUCAGGAGCAACACAGAAGCUGUGCUGCUGGGGAACCACAGCCCUCAUGGCCAUGCAGCGUCCAUCUGGACUGAAGACCUCACCCUGGCUCUGGAGACCGCUAAGAGUCUGUCUGUGGGCUCUGUGUGGGUGAACUCCAGCUCCGUCUCCGAUCCAUGUUUUCCCGUUUCCGGUCACAAAGACAGUGGAACCGGCACCGACGGAGGACAGGAGGGUCUGUACCAGUUCCUGCGUCCUUCCUUUUCUUCUCCUCUUCCUCGCCCGUCUCCUGUUUCUUUGGAAUACUCAAAGUUUGGAACAGAAGCUGCCCAGGUUGUCAUUCCUGAUAGCACAGAUGGUGCCAGCAUCCCUCAGUCCUACCCUCAGUUUGUCGGUGGUAAAGCAUGUAAAUCGAUGUCAGGCUGCAGUGUGACUGUACAGGCACCAGGGGGCGACAGUGUGCUGGCCUUUUGUCCCGAUGGAGGCCGAAAAGACGUCCGGAAUGCCGUGGAGACUGCGAUCAAAGUUCAACCUGGCUGGAUGAAGAAGAGUCCGUCUGCACGCGCUCAGUCGCUCUACUCUCUGGCUAAAGGUUUGGAGUCCAGGAGGAAGGAGGUUUCUGCGUCGGUCGGCGCCCAGCUGGGGGUUCCAGCCGAGGAAGCUGACAGAGAGGUGGAGCUCAGCGUUGGCCGGCUCAACGUCUGGGCGGCGUACUGUGACAAAGUACAAGGUGGCUCCCCGCCCAUGACCCAGUCCGGCGCCGCGCUCUCCUUCCCCGAACCACUGGGGGUUGUCGGGAUCGUCUUACCCGACAACGCGCCCCUCCUCUCCAUGGUAACCGUUCUCGGGGCAGCCAUCGCAACAGGCAACGCGGUCGUCAUGGUGCCCAGUCAGAGGUUUCCACUCCCCGCAUUGGCUUUUGUUCAGGUGCUCCAGUCCUCUGACCUGCCUGCAGGUCUGGUGAACAUCAUCACGGGAAAUCGAGACCAGCUCACAGUGGCGCUGGCUAAUCACAGCGUCAUCAAGGCCAUCUGGUACUGGGGCAGCGCCCAGGGCUGUCAGUACCUGCAGCACACCUGCACCAGCCCGCUGAAAACCCUCAGGCUGUCCUGGCAACAGGGCGGGGAGGGGCGCGGCGCAGCCCCGGACUGGGCUCAGCCUCACCCGUCCCUGCUGGAAGACCUGUGGAGAAACGCGGUCCAGUGGAAAAGCGUGUGGAUUCCGACCGCAUGAGACGCUGACCCCGUCCAGCAGCAGAGAGAACAGGAGGAUGUUUGGUUAUUAGUUCUGGCAGGAAGAGAAAUCAGGUUAAUUAUUAACAGCAAUACUCAAGAUGAUUUACUCACUUUUUACAUUCUGUCCGAAUAUAUCAAAUAUAUGAGGACCAUUUUUUUAUUAUUAUUAUUAUUCACACAUUUUUUUUCCACUGGCAGUACUUCUUCAUACUGUCAAAGUAAAAAGUGCAAUUCUAACUGAACAGUGCUGACAUGAUGUUAUAUUUUGUGUUGAAAUCAUUUCAUUUUCUCUGGAUCUAUCAGUGUUACACACAUAUUGGAUAAUGCUAUUAAAAAUCUCUGACAGAUGUCAGUAAAGUGUCGGCCUUGGAGUCUGAGACAUUGUGCUCGAUUUGGCCAAACCGCAGCAGGGUUAGUGGGCGGGGCUUCUGUCUCCAUGGUUUCAGCUCAUUCACUCUCAUUUGGUGAGUUGAAACGUCUGGACUUAAACAUAAUACGGUUAUUGUGACCAGUCUUUGUUGAAAUGUCACUGUUUUAACAAAUACUGUACUUUCCAGAAGUCUUCAUACCCUCUGAAUUUUUUUAUUACCUUUUUAACCUAGGUUUGCACCAAUAGAUCCUUAAUUUUGGAUGGUCGGCUGAUUUCUUACAUGUGAAACCAAUAUUUUCUACCUCUGCAAAGAUCGUUGUCACUAUGUUUGGAGACAUUUCAAGUAGGGAUGCACAAUAUAUCGCCACUAACAUCGGUAUCAGCCGAUAUUAGUAAUUUUUUUUUAGCAUGUCAGUAUUGGUCCAAUUAAUAAAACUAAGCCGAGAUAAACAACAGAUAUUUACUUUGAUCUUGUUCACAUCUGUUUCUGGUCUCUUCAGUAGAGAAAUAUUAGUCAAAUAAAAAAAUAUCGGCCACAACAGUAAUAUUAAUGUUGAAUAUCAACAUCAACACAAAUGUUCAUCUGUGUGCAUCCCUAAUUUCAAACAAAGAAAAAUUAUAUUGGCUGAUGAAGCUUUUGACAAACGAACACAAAUGGUGCAUCAUUAUGAAGUAAAAAGAAGAGAAUUUACAAAGCCUAAGUUUGUACACUUGGAUUAGGCGACCUCUGAAGGGAUUUUAUUGCACUUGAUUUUAUUCAGGGGUGUCAGAGUGAAGGAUGUGAAUACCAACUUUGCCAGAGAUUUGUUAAAUUUUUACGACAUUGUAUCUUUCUCUUUUCACUUCAAAAUGACGCACUACUAUCAUGUUGGCCUGGCACGUAAAAUCCCAAUGAAAUAAACUGAAGUUUAUGGUUUAUAAUGUGACAAAAUGUAUAGAAGAUUGAAGAAGUAUUAAUACCUUAAAAAGGUCCUAGAUAUGCAGUUUUGAUCUCUAACAUCUUACCUAACUGCCUUACUGUUACACACCAGAGGUCUAUUCAGGUCCACCAGACUGAAGCGUCAUCAUCAUGGGCUUCAGAAUGACUUGUAGUGUUAACUGCUUAAAGUGACUGAGCUUAGUCUUCCCAGAAGGCUCUGUGUUAACAACAGUUACAUCUUUGUGGAACCGUGCCUGUAUCUGUGGCCAAGUAUAAACAGGACUGUCAGUGACUUAGCAAAAAAAAAAAAAAGCUAGCUCAGUUAAAAAAAAUGACUGUAGAUUUUGCUUGUAUGUCUUUUUUACUGUACCAUAAAACUGUAACAGAGGCCAUGGGCUCACUAUGCAGUGUAAACAUUCUCUUCAAGAUGUGAACAUCUAUGUCGAAAUUGUGUGAUUAAAGUUAUUUUGAAGUGUUUGUUACCACAGACUCAUCAGGUACGUUUCUGUCCUAAGCCAUAAAUUAAAGAAUUACACAAAGUA